GGCGAACGAAACGCUCAAUCACCAACAAAUUAUCCAAAACACCACAUUUUCCGACCUCGUUUUACGGCAAUCAUGUGUGGAAUACUUGCUGUCUUGGGUUGCUCCGACGACUCUCAGGCCAAACGGGUCCGGGUCCUCGAGCUUUCUCGCAGAUUGAAGCAUCGGGGACCUGACUGGAGCGGGUUGUACCAGCACGGUGAUAAUUAUCUUUCGCAUCAGCGCCUUGCUAUUAUCGACCCUGCUUCUGGGGAUCAACCGCUUUUUAACGAAGAUCAGACGAUCGUUGUAACGGUCAACGGCGAGAUAUACAACCACGAGGAGCUCCGGAAAAGAUUGACCGCAGCCGGUCACAAGUUCCGAACCGGCAGCGAUUGCGAUGUUAUCGCGCAUUUAUAUGAAGAACACGGGGAAGAUUUCGUCGAUAUGCUCGACGGAAUGUUCUCGUUUGUGUUGUUGGAUACGCGCAACAACACGUACAUUGCUGCCCGUGAUGCUAUCGGGAUCACAUCGCUCUACAUCGGUUGGGGACUCGAUGGUUCUGUUUGGAUAUCAUCAGAACUAAAAGGUUUAAAUGAUGAUUGUGAACAUUUUGAGGUGUUUCCACCGGGACAUUUGUAUUCCAGCAAAACGGGCGGGUUUAAACGGUGGUACAACCCGCUGUGGUUUGCGGAGACUAUCCCGUCUACACCUUAUGACCCGCUUGUUCUUCGGUGCGCGUUUGAAAAUGCUGUGAUUAAGCGGUUGAUGACCGAUGUCCCGUUUGGGGUUUUGUUAUCGGGAGGGCUGGACUCGUCGCUGGUGGCGUCGAUUACUGCUCGUUACCUGGCGGGUACGAAAGCGGCUAAGCAGUGGGGAGCUCAGCUCCAUUCGUUUUGUGUCGGGCUUGAGGGUUCGCCGGAUCUCAAGGCGGCACGAGAAGUAGCCGAUUAUUUGGGAACCGUUCAUCACGAGUUCCACUUCACUGUUCAGGAUGGAAUUGAUGCAAUAGAAGAUGUGAUUUACCAUAUCGAGACAUACGAUGUGACGACAAUCCGGGCUAGCACGCCCAUGUUCCUGAUGUCGCGAAAGAUCAAGUCUCUCGGCGUGAAGAUGGUCAUCUCGGGUGAAGGCUCGGACGAGAUCUUUGGUGGGUACUUGUACUUCCACAAGGCACCCAACAAGGAAGAGUUCCAUCAAGAAACUUGUCGCAAGAUCAAAGCGCUUCAUCAAUAUGAUUGCUUGAGAGCAAACAAGUCGACAUCCGCGUGGGGGUUGGAAGCCCGAGUCCCCUUUUUAGACAAAGAGUUCAUCAAUGUGGCCAUGAGCAUCGACCCGGAAGCCAAAAUGAUCAACAUGGAUCAGAAACGGAUCGAGAAAUGGGUACUUAGACGGGCUUUUGAGGACGAAGAGCAUCCGUAUUUACCAAAGCAUAUUUUGUAUAGACAAAAAGAACAGUUUAGUGACGGAGUUGGGUAUAGCUGGAUCGACGGGCUCAAAGCUCACGCUGAACUACACGUAACAGACAAGAUGAUGCUUCAUGCCGAACACAUCUUCCCUCACAACACGCCGGUCACAAAAGAAGCCUACUAUUACCGAAUGAUCUUUGAGCGGUUUUUCCCUCAGAAUUCGGCUAAGUUGACCGUCCCGGGUGGAGCCAGUAUAGCUUGCAGCACCGCAAAGGCCAUCGAGUGGGACGCGUCUUGGUCUAACAAUCUGGACCCCUCAGGCAGGGCUGCACUUGGAGUCCAUAAUGCUGCUUACAAGAAGAACAUGGGUCCGGUCGGUCAAGUUAAGUUAGGACCAAACAUUAUUGACAACGUGCCACGGAUGAUGGAUAUCUCUGCUUCCGAACUCGUGAUUCAGGGCUAGCGGCUUACCAUUGUAUAAGUUAUCUGUGUUUGUUAUUAAGAUAUGUUGGUUGUUAGUUACUUGUUUUGUUUUGAGUUAUGUAUAACUAUUAAGUCAAAUGUAUUGUUAUGUAAGCAUUGGCUUUUAAAUAAAUUUGUUUUUUA